AUGAUCAAGGGAGACCAGAGGCAGCUUGGCAGCCAUGAAGAUCGGCUGAAAGAUCAGAUGAGAGUUGAUCAUCGGGCCUCUGAUGGCAAUUUUUUCAAGUUCUUGCAAAACCAGUCAAGCGCAAAAGAAGAGGCUCAAGAAGACAAGAUUGCGUCCACGAGGGCAGAGAUGGGCGAAGUGAGAAAAGAGAACGAGAGGCUGAAGACGAUGUUGUCAUGGAUGGUGGAGGACCAUCGAUCCCUUCAGAAGCAGUUCGAUGUUUUCCACCAGCAAGGACGAGGCAAAAACCUCGCCGUGGGCUCACCGGAGCACACAUCGCCCACCGACGGCGUCAAGGACCCCAGAUUCUUCGCAUUAGGCCUCGGAACGAGUGCGAGCACGAGCACGAGCAGGCAGAACUUGGGAGAAGAGAUCAGGACCGGCACUAAUAAUCCAGAUGGCAAGGGCGUCUCUCUUGGACUUUCAUCAGGCUGCAAAGCUGUUGAUGCAGCUGGUCAAAGUGAGAUGAAGGUGCAACCGGAUGUGCUGACGUUGAGCCCUGGAGGCAGCUCCGAGGAGGACGCCGCCACAGAGACGACAACAACAUCGAGCAAAGCAGCAAAGAACCCGAGGAGCACCGGUGGUGGCGCAGAGGCCGAGGAGGAGGUGGCCCAGCAGCCACUGGCCAAGAAGGCAAGGGUGUCGGUGAGGGCACGGUGUGACACACCAACGAUGAACGAUGGGUGCCAGUGGAGGAAGUAUGGGCAGAAGAUAUCGAAGGGGAACCCAUGUCCACGCGCCUACUACCGCUGCACCGUCGCAACAGGGUGCCCCGUCAGGAAACAGGUGCAGAGAUGUGCGGAAGACAUGUCGAUCCUGAUCACCACCUACGAGGGCGCGCACAACCACCCGCUCUCCGCCUCCGCAGCCGCCAUGGCCUCCACCACCUCCGCCGCCGCGUCCAUGCUCAUGUCAGGCUCCUCCACCUCGCUCGGCUUCCCCUCCGCCGCCUCCAGCCUCCACGGCCACAGGUUCGGCCUCCCGGCGGCCAGCGACGCCUCCUCCAGCCAGAUGGGUGGCCGGCCGUUCUUCCUCCCGACCGCCACCGGCGCGUCCAUCAGCGCCACGCCGUCGUACCCCACCAUCACCCUCGACCACACCUCGCAGGCCGCCUCGCAGCAGGCCUUCUCCCUCAGCAACAGCAACAGGUUCUCCUCCAGCUUCAGUGGCGCCCACGGCCACAGCAGCAGCGCUGGUAGGUACCCUUCCACGAGCUUCUCCUUCUCCGGCUCCGGCGCAAGCAACCUGCCCGGCUUCACCGCGUGGCCGGCCGGCGUUGGAUCAUACAUGAGCUACGGAUCGUCGUCCGCCGCGCUCUACAACGGCGCCGGCAAGAGCUCGUUCGAGGACGCGCUGAGCGGCAUCAACGGAAGGCAGCAAGCCUCGGUGGCGUCCCUCUACCAGCCGGCGCAGGUGCAGCAGAGAGCGGCUCAGUUGAGCGGCGGCGGCACGGGCACGGCGGCGCCGAUCGUGCCCACCGACACGAUCGCCAAGGCGAUCACGUCGGACCCGGGCUUCCACACGGCGCUCGCGGCCGCCAUCACGUCGUACGUCGGCAAACCGGCUGCCGGAGGCGGCAAGGGGCUCGAGUGGGGGGAGCACCUCGGGCUGGGCCCGUCGAGUGCGGCGUGCUCGUCGGCGCUGCUGGCACGGUCGUCGUCGACGGGGGCGGCACCGAGCGGUUCUCCGCACGGCAAGAAGAUGCCGUUCUUGCAGCCGUCGCUGGCACUCUCGGGCUCCACCACCAGUGCUACUGCUUCCACCCCACCUGUGAAAAGCAGGGAGCACACUAAUUAG